AUGGGUGUCUCUGAAUAUGACGUCAUCAUCAUUGGUGCAGGCAUAUCAGGAAUAAACACUGCAUACCGUGUACAGAAUUCUGCACCAAAGGGCACCACAUAUACGAUUCUGGAGUCGCGCUCGAGUAUCGGCGGAACAUGGGACCUGUUCAAAUACCCCGGAUUACGAUCUGACUCUGAUCUGUACACGUUUGGAUUUCCAUGGCGUCCAUGGACUGACGGGCCUGCAAUCGCCGAAGGGCCCCUAAUCCUGGAGUACAUGAAAGAAGCCACACGCGAUACCGGUAUCGACAAGGCGAUUAAGUUCCGGCACCGUGCCACCAAAGCCAACUGGGACUCAAGAGCACUAAAAUGGACACUCGAUGUCGACGCUGACGGACAAAAACAGCAGUUUCGCGGGCGCUUCAUAGUCUUCGCCACCGGCUACUACGACUACGAAGAACCGCUCCACGCCGUGAUCCCUGGGCUCGAGAACUUCGGCGGCACAGUCGUGCACCCGCAAUUCUGGCCUGAGGACCUGGACUACGCAGGGAAAGAGGUCGCCAUCAUCGGCUCCGGCGCAACAGCCGUCACCAUCCACCCCGUGAUCGCGAAGACAGCCAAGCAAACGACCAUCGUCCAGCGCAGCCCGAGCUACAUCCUGCCCGUGCAGAACAGCGUCAGUCCGCUGACAUCGGCGAUGCGCUUCGUGUCGCCUGCGCUCGCGUACAAGGUCAACCGCGUGCGCUUCCUCAUCUUCGGAUACCUGCUCUUCUACUUCUCACGCGCGUUCCCCAGCACGGCGCGGAAACUGAUCCGCGGGAUAACCACCAAGGAAUUGCCCGCGAGUGUCUCGCACGACCCGCAUUUCAAUCCCAAGUACAACCCUUGGGAGCAGCGGCUGUGCGUGACGCCGAAUGGGGAGUUUUACCGCGCGAUUCGCGAGGGCAAGGGCGGGAUUUUGACGGGCACGAUCAAGACGGUGACGAAGAAUAGUAUUGUGCUGGAGGACGGGCAGGAGUUGCACGCGGAUAUCAUCGUCACUGCUACGGGGUUGAAACUCAAGGUCGCGGGCGGCAUAGAGCUAUCUGUCGAUGGGGAGAAGUUUGAUAUUUCGAGCAAGUAUAUGUGGAAGGGCAUGAUGCUGCACGACCUGCCCAACGCGUCGCUGGUGCUGGGGUAUACCAAUGCGUCCUGGACGUUGGGAGCUGAUGCGACGGCGCAGACGAUUUGCAGGUUGCUGAACGAGAUGGAGAAGAAGGGCGCGGGUGCUGUGGUGCCGAGGGUGGCGAAUGCGGACGAGAUGAAGGCUCUGCCUGUUCUUGAUCUCAAUUCGACAUACAUCAAGAAGGGAGAGGGUAUUUUGCCGAAGACGGGCGACAGCGGACCGUGGAAGCCCCGGUCAAACUACUUCAAUGAUAUCAGGGAAGCGAAGUGGGGAAGCAUACAUAACGGGUUGGAGUAUGUCCAGAAGAGAUAGAUGACAUGAUGGCUGAGUCGAUGUCUUUGACGUAGAUGCAACGAUAUUUGCCGUAUACAA